AUGCUGCCGUCUUUCUUGACGAGAUACGAGCGCCAUGAGAAGCACCAUGUCUUUUGCAAUGGCCGCAUUUUUGUAGGACCGGACUGGCGCAUCAUGGUGAUGAGCGUCGUCUUCAUAACGGUUGGCACGCUGCUGUUUGUGUUUUUCACCAACAACCUCAUGGCCGCUCGCGUGAUUGUUGGCGUGUCAGCGGUGGUAUCGGUGGUAGCGCUGCUAGUUUGCGGUUUGUCAGACCCCGGCAUUAAACCACGCGCCGAGCCACCACCGCCGGACGCCAUCCCACACGAUUCCCUUUGGCGGGAGCGCGUCUACGUCGACAAGGACGGCACACCGCACCACACGCGGGUGGAGGUGAAAUGGUGUUACCGCUGCAACAUCUACCGUCCCUACCGGGGCGUGCAUUGCCGGUUCUGCGACGCCUGCGUGACGCGGCGCGACCAUCACUGCCCGUGGACGGGCACGUGCAUCGGCGCCCGAAACUACCGUUCUUACUUCGCCCUCGUGUGGGUUCUUUCGAUCAUGUUGCUGGCGGCUUUUAUUGGUGGUGUGCAGAGCCUCGUGCAGCGUUCCAUUCGAUUUGGUGACGCUAACGCCGGGGUGCAGGACGCACCGAGUGGUUUUACAUCCGCUCUCAUCGACACCUACGGCAUUGAGCUGGCGUUGAUUUUACUGUCCUUUUUGUUUGGCUUCCUGUCCGUCUCCUUGGCGGUGCACCACAGCUACCUCAUCACGCAGAACCUCACCUCUGGCGAUGUAACGAAGGAGCUGCCGGAGAACGUCUUCACCUACGGAAGCAUGAUGGCCAACAUCUGGGUGGUGUUGACCGGCUGCAAUGAGGAGGACAGAGACGACAUGCAGACGGAGGUGGUGGUGAUGGAAACGGUUGAUGAGCCUUCCGCGGCCUUAGCCCAGUCUCCGUUGGGGCACGACGCGCUGUGCAGUGACGUAGUUCCCUCUGUUGGAGGCGACGCAGGAGCGGGGAGUGCGUAG